AGGGCGUACAGCCCGAGCUCCCGACAACCCCAGCGCGCGGCCCGUUAGCCUCGGAGGCUGUGGACAUGCCUGAGGCGUUGCAUCCUCGCUUCCACUGGGCAGCGCCGGGAGGCGAGACUGGCGCCCCAGGUCAUUCCUGGAAAGAAGAGGCAUCAUCUGAUUAUAACAAGAAUUGUCAGGUUGCUGCUAAAUAAUACUAAAUCCAUGGGACUUUGUGGAGGUUGUAAGAAAGAGAAUGGCAAAUGAAGGCAUGCAGGAAAGCAAUGUGGAUGAUUCUGACUGAAAAGAGUGAUGAGCCCAGAAGAUUCUGGAAGUUAUUGUCCUGGCUGCAGCUCUGGCCUCUGUAAGCUCUGCUUCUCCAGCCUAGUAAACCCCAAGGCGAACUGACCGGUUCUUGAAUUUCUAAAUCAUGGCCCAUACAUGUUUGGAUAAUUUAGAUGUGCCAGACUAUACAAAAGGCUGCAUCUGUAGCAACAGGAUUCUUCGAGGACGCGUGGGCAUGCUGCUGCCGGUGCACUGAUUUCCUAACUCAUGUUACAAGUUCCAGCCCGAGCCUCUUUGCUUGCUAUCUGGGAUCAGUGAUGUUCAGUGAUGUGUCUAUAGUCUUCUCUCAAGAGGAGUGGGAGUGCCUGGACUUAGAACAGAGGGAUCUGUACAGAGAUGUAAUGUUAGAGAACUAUAGAAACUUGGUCUCAUUGGGAUGCUUCAUUUCUAAACCAGAUGUGAUUGCCUUAUUGGAGCAAGGAAAAGAGCCCUGGAAAGUUGUGAGGAAAGGAAGACAAUAUCCAAAUUUGGAGACCAGGUAUAAGACAUUAUCUUCAGAAAAUGACAUUUAUGAAAUCAGCUUAUCCCAAUGGAAGAUAAUGGAAAGAAUUAAAAAACAUGGCCUUAAGGGCCUCAUUUUAAAAAAUGAUUGGGAGUCCAAAAGAAAAUUUGAAGGACCAGAGGGAUAUUUUGGCCAAGUGAAAAUUACAUCUCAAAAAGUGUCUUCUUAUCAGAAACGUACAUCUCUUAUGCCACAUCAGAGAAUUCAUUUUGUUGAGAAACCCUAUGAAUGUAAGGAAUGUGGGAAGGCCUUUAGAGUACGCCAGCAACUUAUUUUUCAUCACAGAAUUCAUACUGGUGAAAAGCCCUAUGAGUGUCAGGAAUGUGGGAUGGCUUUUAGACAGACUGCACACCUUACUCGACAUCAGAGGCUUCAUUCUGGUGAAAAAAUCUAUGAAUGUAAGGAAUGUGGAGAAUCCUUCAUAUGUGGCCCAGACCUUAGACUACAUCAGAAAAUUCAUAUUGGUGAGAAGCCCUAUGAGUGUAAAGAAUGUGGGAAGGCUUUUAGAGUACGUGGACAACUUACUCUCCAUCAGAGGAUUCACACUGGUGAGAAGCCUUAUGUAUGUACAGAAUGUGGAAAGGCCUUUAGACAGUAUGCACACCUUACUCGACAUCAGAAGCUUAAUAUUGGUGACAAACACUAUGAAUGUAAAGAAUGUGGGAAGGCCUUUUUGUGUGGCUCUGGCCUUAGGGCACAUCACAAACUUCACACUGGUGAGAAACCCUAUGAGUGUAAGGAAUGUGGGAAGGCCUUUAGAGUGCGACAACAGCUAACACUCCACCAGAGGAUUCACACUGGUGAGAAACCCUAUGAAUGUAAGGAAUGUGGGAAGACCUUUAGUCGUGGUUACCAUCUUAUUCUUCAUCACAGAAUUCAUACUGGUGAGAAACCUUAUGAAUGUAAGGAAUGCUGGAAGGCCUUCAGUCGUUACUCACAACUGAUUUCACAUCAGAGUAUUCAUAUUGGUGUAAAACCCUAUGACUGUAAGGAAUGCGGGAAGGCUUUUAGAUUACUCUCUCAACUUACACAACAUCAGAGUAUUCAUAUCGGUGAAAAACCCUAUAAAUGUAAGGACUGUGGGAAGGCCUUUAGAUUGCGCCAAAAACUUACUCUACAUCAGAGCAUUCAUACAGGUGAAAAACCCUUUGAAUGUAAGGAAUGUAGAAAGGCCUUCAGACUUAAUUCAUCCCUUAUUCAACAUCUGAGAAUUCAUUCUGGUGAGAAACCCUAUGAAUGUAAGGAAUGUAAGAAGGCCUUCAGACAACAUUCGCACCUCACCCAUCAUCUGAAAAUUCAUAAUGUAAAAAUGUAAGAAAGUCUUUUUAAUCCCGUGUUGUAGGACACUAUGAAUGUAGUAAUUAAUCCCCUUUGCUUCCCUCAUACAUGCCACCUGGGCAUGGCGUAAGAGGUUUUAUAUAAUUAAAAAAACAUGGUGGUAUUCCACCACCAUUCAAACCUGAUAAACUUCACAUUCAUUCUAAAAAACUAAUCCUAUUAAUACAACAAAUAUGGUAAAGUCUUUUAAUUUGUAAGAAUCUGUUAUUUUGCCUUGACAUAUAUUGGUUAAGAAAUUGAGCCAUUUAUGUUCUGUGGAAUUGCCCACAUGCUGGAUUUGGCUGUUUGCUUCUUUGUGUCAUUAAUUUUUUCCUUUAUUGGCCAAGUUUCCUGUAGGCUGGCAAUUACAUUUAGAAACUAAAUUAUACCUCUGGCUCAGUAUUUUGGGCAAGAACAUGUCACAGGUGGUGCUGUGUGCAGAUGUUGCAUCACAUCAAGGACACAGCCUGGCUGACCUAAUUUAGAGAUGUUAACAUAGAUUAAUAGGCUCCCUCAUUCUGCUCAAUUUUUUAAAGGCUUCCUAUCAAUCUUUAUCACCCUGGUCUUUGCAUCUAUUGAUAUCACUGCCAAGAUCCAUUAUGUCAUAAAUUAGUAUGGUUUCUCAAAAUUCUUUUGACCUUUAAUAGCUACAAUUCUCUAAUAAUAAGAAACUUCUCUUCAACUUCUGGUUGUCUUAAAAUAUAGUUCUUAAAGGUAAAACACUUCAUUUUACCUCUUCAUUUAUUAAAAAUGCCCUAAUAUACUCUAUAGCUGACCAAUGCAUUUGUUAAGAAAGAAAAGCUAUCAAAGGCUAUGGGGGUCAUAAGGACACAGGAGCCCAUUUGAAGGCAUUACCACAGACCUAAGACAGGACAAUUUGAGCAUUAAAAAAGGCUACAGUGUAUUUUUAAAAAUAAAUGUAGUGGUUAUAAUACACAUGACUUAAUUUCCAAAUAGUUUUUUAAUGUUAUCUUUUGUUAAUUUUAAGUUAAAUUUAGACUGGGGCCAGAGAAUAUAGAUUGUAGAAUAUCUGUUUUUUUAAAGAAUAAAUUGAAAAAGAAUUUCUCAUUUUCAUUAUUUUAACAAAAAUAAGUUAAGUUCAACAGGGAUAAGGGUUAGUGGAAGGUAUUUACAUACUUAUUGCUCCCAUUGUCUGUCAUGUGAAUAUUUAGAAGAGGAACAGUAAUGAUAACAAUAAAAAAUUCAGUGGCUUAAAACAACCAUUUUAUUAUGUAUCUUGAUUUUGUGGGUCAGGAAUCUGCACAGAGGCUCAGUCGGUUGACAUUUGAUGUCAACUGAGGUCACUUUGUGGCACAUAGCUAGCAGCUGGUUUGGAGGAUCCAGAAUUAUUUCACCAAAACUAAGACGCUCAAAUGUCUGAUGUUUCGGGGGACACAUCUGAGGCCGGCUUACUUAGCAAGGUGCUUCUCCCUUUCUGUGUAGUCUCAGGGCCUCUUCACGUGCUCUCGUCAGCAUAGCAGCCAGAUGUUUUAAACAUAACAUUUCAGGGUCUGAACUUGAGUUUUAUUUCAAAAGAUGAAGUAAACUCUACCAGUAAAGCCUGGGUCCAGAAACUGGCACAGUGUACUUCUACUGUAUUCUACUGGUCUAAGCAGCCAGUCUGCCCAGAUGCAAAGGGAAGGAUGUGGAUUCCAUCUCUUGAUGGAAGGAGUGUCAAAGAAUUUGCGACAAUCUGGAUUCUGCGACAGCACUGUAAUACCAUUUUACAACUGAAAAAGUUAUAGCACACAGCAGUUAACACCUUGUUCAAUAUAAUACAAAUAAGAAAGUGAUGGGAUAGAUGAUCAUAGAUUAGGUCAGCCAGGCUGUGUCCUUGAUGUGAUGCAAGGGCUGCACACAGCACCACCUGUGACAUGUUCUUGCCCAAAAUAUUGAACCAGAAGUAUAAUUUAGUUUCUAAAUGUAAUUGCCAGUCUACAGGAAACUUGGCCAAUAAAGGAAAAAAUUAAUGAAACAAAGAUGCAAACAACCAAAUCCAGCAUGUGGGAAGUUCCACAAAAUAAAUGGCCUGAUUUCUUAACCAAUAUAUGUCAAGGCAAAAAUAACAGAAUCUUACAAAUUAAAAGACUUAAGGAACUUACCACUUAAAUACAGUGUAUACAAUGCAUUGGAAUCCUUGGGUUAAAAUGUACCCAACAUUUGUUUUAAUCAGGUAUGGUAAGACGCACAUACAUGGCAAUGAUAGUUAUGAAGCAAGUUUAUCUUUAGAGAUGCCUUGAAAAAGGAGGCACCGCAUGCCUUGCAAGGCUUUAUUAUGAAACAGGUAGGGGGAGGGCAGAGCAUGGCUCGGAGCCUUUACUGAAUUUUUCCCCUCAAAGGAAUGGGUGACACUGGGUAGGUACACUGAGCAAGUUUAGGAUUGGGUAGUUGUAAUAAUUUUGGUGGGCUCUGAGCUUAGAGGUGGCCCCUCCUCGUCUGUACCUGGCCCUGGGAUGAUUUAGGGUGGGAUGAUAUUGCCUUGGUGUGUGAAAGUUUGAUCAAGGAGAUAGUUGGGGUAUGGGCUCUGAAUUGGUUGGUUUGUAUAGGUAUGCUCUCAGGGAAGUCAGCUGUCUAGGAAUUUGCUAGCCCUGGGAGGGGUACUCUCUCCAGGAUCAAGUCCCCAGAUGCCAGAGCAUAAGAAUACAGAAAAUAAGUAAACAAGGUCAAUAAAUUGUGAUUUGUACAAAUAGAUAAAUGUAAGCCUAGAGUGGGUAUUAAGCAAUAUCUGUUUUGUUAGGCAUGAUCGUGGCAUGGGUCUGGAUGUUGGUGUGUGUGUAUUAGAGAUCCUUCUGCAUUAGAGAUCCAACCUGAAGUAGUCAAGUGUGAAAUUAGGUCUAUCAUUUGCUUUAAAAUACUUGAGAGAAACAAAAAGUGGGCUGAAAAACUCAAACAAAAUUUGCAAAUUGUUGCUAAGUGUUGAAACUGAAUAAUGGGUACACAGGGUUCAUUGUAUUACUUGUACUACCUUUGCAUACAUUUGAAAAUUUCCAUAGUAAAUUUUCUAAGUAGAAAAUCAAAUCUAAAAUGUUAGACUACUUAGUGAUACAUGAUAAUGUGAUGUCUACAAAUAAAAAUUUAUGGGAAAUGAAAAGGCUACUUGGUAGAAAAUUAACCUGAAUGCACUUAGAAAAAAAAACCUGGUUUGAGGAACUAGUGUUUGUAUUAUUCACCAUUCUGUCCCCCUAUCUACAGUAUAACAGGCAAUUGAUAUAGAUGUUGAAAAAAAGAAGCAUUAGCUUAAGCCAGAAAAUAUAUUUUUUAACUAAUAUAUUUUUUAAACUUCAGUAGCAGGAAUUUAAACAAUAAAUGCAGAAAUUAAUGUAAUAAUUAAUAAAAGACUUUAUCCAAGGAUGAUCUCUUUGAAAAGACCAUUAAUAUAAAAUUGGCAGUUAUUAUUUGAGGGAAAAAAGAUGACUCAUUUAUGGCUUUAGGUAUGGGAAAGGUGAAAUAAUUAUAUAUAUCAAUGAGAUUUAAAGUUUUUAGUUACAUGUAUUACUACAUAUAUUUCAAUAUGUAUAAAAAUACAAUGAACUAUCUAGAGGAACCUAAAUAAUUAAAGUUGCUCAAGAUACUGUAAUGUGAAAUGAUUUACCAGGAAUAUUCAGGGGCCUGACCUGUUGUCAUUUAAUUAGCUUUUCAGAUUUUAGUUUUUCUAAUGUACAAUGUAACAAUGUUGAAAAAAAUAACAAGAUGCAGCCUUAAUAUCUUUAAAAAGAGUCUUAGCUUCAUCAGCUUUAAAAAAGGAAUGAAUUAUUUGAAAAACAGUUACUCAACAUUGAAAAUUUUCUACCUUCCACAGAAUAAAUAUGAAUAUUCACACUUCAUUUUCAACGAAAAUUCUGUGAUGUCACUGUAGUCAUACAUAAAGACUUGUACUUCUAGGUUCAUUUUGUUCAGAGUGGUCAGACUGGGCGGAUGUCAUUGAAUGUUCAUUCACCAUCUAGAACAAAGUAUGUCUUUCCUACUCAUGAUUUCAAAUUGCCUUUCAUUUGUAAACAGUAUAUACAAUGUUUACACAAAAAUAUAACCACACCAAAAAAAGUAUUUUAAGUGCUAUAAUAAAAUUAAUUUUUGCUAAUAGGCCAA